GGGGACACAGCUAUGAUUUUCAGACGGAGAGCCAGGAUGUUGCGAUCGCUGGUUUGUGGUCGGCUGGGUCCAGUUUGGAUGUGGAAAGCGCUGCUAUUCUUUGUGGCCAUUGCUUUUGCCACCCAGCUGCUGGGAAUCAUCUUCAACAAGAGCAGUGCCCAACCAGCUGCUCACUCCAUCUUUUCAUCCCCUGAUGCCCAGGGGCCGUCUCUGGGCUCCUGUCAGCCCCACACUCACAUCAUGUUCCUCAAGACACACAAGACAGCAAGCAGCACAGUGCUCAACAUGCUGUACCGCUUUGGAGAGGAACGCAACCUUCGCUUUGCCCUUCCACUGGGCUACCAGCUGGGGUACCCACUACCCUUCAAUGCUCACAGAGUCAAAGGUUAUCGAGGUCCCCGAGCCACGGAGUUUCACAUCAUGGGCAAUCACAUGAGGUUUAAUAAGCCAGAGGUGGAGAAAGUGAUGCCUGCAGACACAUUCUACUUUUCUAUCAUCAGGGAUCCUGUCGCGCUGGCGGAGUCCUCUUUUGCUUAUUACAAAGAAGUAGCUCCUGCCUUUCGGAAGGCAAAAGGGCUGGGCGACUUUGUCGACGACCCAAAUAAAUACUAUGACCCUCGUCUUCGCAACAACCACUAUGCCCGCAACCUGCUGUGGUUUGAUUUUGGCAUGGACAAUAAUGCUAAUUUCUCAGUGGAAUUAGCUCAGCAUGGUGAGGCCACGAUCCGCCAGACAUUCAGACUGAUUCUUGUGUCCGAGUACUUUGACCAGUCUAUGAUCCUGCUGAGACAUGCCCUCUGCUGGCCACUGGAUGCUGUAGUCUCAUUUAGCCUUAACGCUCGGCAGCAAAAGCCCAGCAGCAACAGCGUAAUGAGCGGAAGCUGGGUCGGCAAAGCUGCCGUAGCGGCUGGCGUUGGUGCUAGAGCUGGACGCUCACAAGGCAAGAUGUUGCCCAAUCUGUCGCUAACGGAUCAUCAGCGGGAGAAGCUACGCCAGUGGAACGCCUUAGAUUGGUACCUAUACAAAGCCUUCAACCGCACGUUCUGGGAGGAUAUCGACAAGUUUGGUCGUGCCCAGAUGGAGCGGGAAGUAGCUCUUCUCAGGAUGCGGCGGGAAAUCCUGGGCCGGGUUUGUCUGAAGGAUGGUGGAAAGCCCGUAGAAGCGUACCGGAUACGAGACAAAAAUAUCCGACCCUUUCAGAGCGGAGUAGUAAAGAUUCUUGGAUACGAGCUCCAGCCGGGUCUCGACAAUGCUACCAGGACGGCCUGUCUGAGGAUGAUUAGGAAACAAGCUUCUCUGCAGCACUUCCAGUUUUCUCUCUUUUCCUGAACACACUCUCUGGUUUGGUAUGUUUUCAUCUUUGGCAAUUACUCCCAGUGACAGUCUAUUUUAUUAUUGGAACUGCAUUUUCUUAUUGUGUUAAUGCUUAAAUGAAAUGAAAGUUACAAGCUGUCCCAAGGUUACAGAGGAGGGGUACACCGCUCGGGCCUUGUGGCUGAUGCGACACAGGCGGGAGUUUGUGAAAAUAAAAACAUGAAGACAGUCUCGCUGGACAGAGCACUGCAGAAAACCAAGACAGUUUAGGUUUGUUGUUGCAUUAACAGCUGUUAUUGAUUUCAUCAGACAAAUGAUCGCUUCCUUGCUCAAAUCUUUUUUUGUAUUUUAACAUACAGACUGUUUUUUUACAUAAGCUUGCCUUUAAACGCGGCUCAGAGACAGCAAAUCUCAUCUAUAGGAGAAGGCCGCAGAUAGCAGCUGUGGUGGUGCAGGUACAUCUUCCAGAUGAAUUUUAAAAAAUUCACUUUUAGGCAGGAUUUUAAAUGUUUUGAUUUACAUCAAGUUUGUGUAAUGAUUUUUUUUCCCAGUGAAAUUAAGGUAGUGCUUCAAAAUAAGUGCCUGUGGGCGUGUCUCCUGAAACACCACAGGCUUGUUUGUGCUGUCGAGUGGUGAGUCUGGACUCUAAAAGCUAUUUCUGGAUUAUGAGUUUCAGUUUUCUGCCACAGUUUGUUUACAUUUAGGAAAAUACAUCUUUUAGCUUUAGACUAAGAUUGCUAUAUUGUUUCAGAUCCACACUUUCAGCAACAUUAACCAAGUCUGCACCUGUCGGGCAGAAGGCUUAUAGCUCGCUGUUGUUUCCAGUGACUCCCAGCAGUCCCAGUUUCAUUUUGUCAUUGAGCUGCUCUUCCAUACUGAGGUCCAAAGCUACAUUGGGCAAGUGCAGGGCCAGCAUGCUUACCUUUCCCUCCUUUCUGAGGACGUACCUGUGGAAGGAAAGUAGAGUCACAGACCAUAUUAGGAGUUUUAGCAGGUAAAGUGCUGUUUCAGUUGUGUUCUUCACCAACUGCUGUCCGUACAAUCUAACACAGGCUGAAAACAACGUUUCUUUGAUUGCAUAAGAAGUGUCACAGAGUGGGUUCACUGACAGUGUUGACCCUGCCUUAGUGAGGGUCAUCCCUGCAUGCGAGGUAGCACAGGUGACAGACAGCGUCAGACGUGACUGCAUGCAUAUACAUGAAAUAUGCAUGCGCCACUUUGUUUUUAAAUGAACCUCCUUACAACAGGUUGUUUCCUAGAUCGUACAUGUUCGUUCAUUGUUGAAAGUAUUGAAUUUAUUGCCCAGUGUCAAACAUUCGAUCGUCUUGUUCUCCGUCCAGAGUCGGCCACCCUACACAGCGCACAUCUGGUC